GUGUGUGGACUGAUGUACAAAUAUGAGUUUACUUUUGUGGCUGGUAUGAAAUUAUCAUGUGUGUUUUGUCAAAAAAACGCGUUAGUGAGACAAUGCAGCUCCUACAGUUAUCUGUAUGAAGACUAAGACAUGGCACGUGACAUUCCUGGGGAACCCCUGUUUUGAUGACAAUCAAGCUGGACUUAACAAGACCUGACUUAGUGUUCUGUGGUCUCGGAGUUAAGAAGCUGAACAUCCCCCUAUGGACGGGAAACUUAGCGUAAUAUCGUGUGGCUUCACUUCUAUUUUACUUGUUGAAAAGACCGCUUUGUGUAUUUCCUAUGAUGUUCAGUUGCCGCUUUGCUUCCUUUAUGCACCCAUCUUUGGCGUCACAGUGCCGCCCGGUCAGCAGAAUAGAGAGGGAUGGCGCGUGGUGCGGCUCUGUUGGCGACGCUGAUGGUGGUGGUGAUGGUGGUGGCGGUGGUGGUGGUGGUGGUGGUGGCGACUGCUGCUGAUGUGCCAUUCGUUGAUACCAGGGAUGGCCGCGUCUCAGGCAUUGUGGAGGAAUCGGUGAAGGGCCGAGACUUUUCGUCAUUCUACGGCAUUCCCUACGCUCGGCCACCACUGGGGAGGCUGCGAUUCAAGGAUCCCGAACCCUUCCCAGACUGGGGGGCCAUGGGGGAAGCCUCCAUUCCCGCCCCGCCGUGCAUCCAGUAUUUCUCCGCAACAGAGAGAGUCGGAAUAAAGGAAGUGCUGGGUGAGGAGGAUUGCCUGUACCUCAACGUGUUUGUGCCCAAGAUUAAUGGAGACGCUAGCUUCCCGGUGAUGGUUUGGCUUCACGGAGGAAGGUUCACCCAUGGCAGUGCCCAGGAGUACCCUCCUCACGUCCUCCUGGACCACGACAUCGUGCUGGUGGUGGUGCAGUACCGGCUGGGUGUCCUGGGCUUCCUGUCUACCGAGGACUUGGCGAUGCCUGGGAACCUGGGCCUCAAGGACCAGACCCUGGCGCUCCGGUGGGUGAAGACCAACAUUCACCUCUUUGGCGGAGACAACAUGCGGGUCACCAUCUUCGGUGAGAGUGCCGGCAGCGCCGCCGCCCACAUCCUCAUGUUCGUCCCGGAAGUUCAAGAUCUUUUCUCCCGUGCUAUCAUGCAGUCUGGAACAGCACUGACGUCCUUGAAUAUCAACAAUAAUCCUCGCAAAGAGGCAAUUGAAGUGGGUGGCAGCCUUGGGUGUCCCACAGACCAGGGCAGCAACACGCUCCUUCUGUGCCUGCAGGGGCUGGAUGCAAAGGCUCUCUUUCCUCGUUACGAAAGCUCCAGAAGAUGGGGAGUGCUGCCGCUCACCUUCACGCCCUGGGUGGACGGCCGUUUCCUGCCGCGUCACCCUGCCCUGCUGAUAAGUGAGGGGCGCAGCACCCGGGUGGACAUCAUAUCAGGCAUUACCAGAGACGACGGGGCUCUUUUCGCCUUGCCUGCAUUGGCAAAGAAACAGUUACUGGAGGAGCUACAGCACAAUUUUAGCAUGGCCGGGCCUGCGUCCCUUCAGCUUGAGGGCAGGAGUGAGGACCCGGAGGCUGUAGCCCGCCAGCUGUACCUCCACUACUUGGGCACCACGCACGUCACCGAGGCGCACGCUGACGACUUCAUGAGGAUGUUCACUGACCACUACUUCGCCGUGCCUCAUGACCGCAUCUCCGCCCACCACGCAGGGAAGAUUUACCGCUACGAGCUGCAGCACUACGCCCAGCUCUCCUUCGGCCAACUGAUCUGCCCUUCCUGCGACAACAAGUGGGUGAGUCACGUAGACGAUCUGUACUACUUGUUCCGCGGCGGCCCUCUCUUGUCGCCACGAACAGCACCCCCACAGCGCCCCAAGGACUUACAGCUGCCCAACGACCUCACCCUCAGGGACAUCAUCACGACUCUGUGGACCAACUUUGCUGCCACGGGGAACCCAAACCCUGAUAGCUCUCUGGGCUUCACGUGGGAAGCCAGCACACCAGAGAAUCUGCAGUACCUCUCCCUCACGCCCUCGCCCUCCAUGAAGCCAGACGACCGCAAGGAGACACGCAAGUUCCACAACUCUCUUCCCAUCCAGGAAAAUUUGAUGCUUCACCCGCACCUGGUGAAGGUGCCUCAGGGUGCCACGCGCAGUUCACGUCAUGAAUUGUGAUUUACCAACUCCUGACUAAAUGCAAACAGUAACAAGCACCGCCUACCUAACAACAUAACUUAGAUAUAAC